UUUUUAAGAAUACAAUUUCUAGACAUCUACAUGAAAAUAAUAGUUCUGUUUUCUUAUUAAUUCAAUAGUAAACAAAACAUAAUGUUACGGCAUUCAGCUUCGCAAGUCUUUGGUGGAAAGCACCCUGCUUUAUCCCCACGUGGGGAUGACGACAUUGAACCUCGGCCCAAUUGGCUGUUAAUCUCAAAGAAUUCACGUCCCGUAGUCGAACGAUUGCAUCAAUUACCCAAUCCCGAUUUAAGUUCACCGCAUUUUGAAGAAUCCGCUCCGAUGCUAGCCCCGAUAAUCCAACCUCUGCCGCACGUCCGUCACAUGCCAUCUACGUCGGCCCCUUUCUCUUCGGCAUCAACUAUGAUAACACCAAUAGCGACAAGAGAUGCUUCGAGCUUGCACCCAGUAUUCUUCACGGCGAGGUUACGGAAGUCGCCAUUUGUACUUAAUGCAGCAGGACUAGUCAAUCCUGUCGCGCACGGCUAUGCUUAUGAAGAAUCACGAAGGAGAGUCGGCGGGGCUAUCCCGGCUAUGUUAUGAGGAAUGAUUUCGCGAAAGGAGUUAUGAAAUGGAACAGAAAUUUAUAUGACAAUUGGGCCAAUCUUAAAGAGUACCUAAUCAUGGGGCAAACUAUCAAGUUCGAUCAAUCUGAUUGAGGCUAGGAGUACAAGUUGUAUGUACAUGAGAUAAGAGCAGAAAACCUUCAGAAUCAGGGUAUCGCGGUCGACAAAGGGAACGGCGAGGGCUGCUCUUCCAUAAGCCUCGAUACCAGCU